GUCAUAUAUUGCAGUCUUCAUCCAUCCCCAUUAUUCACUACCUGCUCUGCACUCUAAUGAAAUCCAUACUUACACUAGAGCUACCGCGGUUACUGCAUUACCGCGGUAACGCAAUCACGUGUUGACGACAGGGAAACUUAAUGCUACAGGGCAUAGGUGGCUUGCUGCCCUAGCCACAUACGAUUUUGAAGUAAAAUAUCGCCCUGAGAAGGUCAAUGUUGAGGCUGAUUUGCUUUCCCGAAACUGGACACUGAGACGUGGAGAAACCUUUCACAGGGUGAUGUGAAGGCGAUUUGUGGUCGUGUGCAUGUGCAGGAGUCUAGUGACAGUGAUGUGCACUUGGCAGACAAACUAGGUGUUCCAGCAGAAGGUGUUCCUGAGCUGUAUGCUUUUGCAACUCAUCUCAAUUUGGGUCAGCUAGAACAGUUCACCCGAGAAGACUUGCGAGAAGCGCAGCUAGAGGACAGUGUUCUCAGAGUAGUUAGAGAGGCUUUGAACACAGGUCAGUGGCCGGCAAACUAGAGCUGCCGCGGUUACUGCAUUACCGUGGUAACGCAAUCACGUCACGUCCACCGCAGAGUCAAGCUGAUCACCGCUUCACCGCUGGGUUUUGUUUUUUUCCCGUUUAUUUUAGGCCAAUUGUUUAUGUUCCAAUUUUUACUUGUAAAAGUUGUGAUCUGAAAUAAAUGCAAUGCAAUUUUUAAAAUAAUUAUAAUUAUAAUUGUGUAGCCUAUUUUCUUCACUCCAUGUGUUCGAAAGUUUUCACUCACAGUUGCGCAGUUAACGUUCUGAUCGGAGAAAGUGUCACCCAGAACGUGCUUUGCAACUGUUGGCUACGGAAAGUUUUCGCUUCAAAUUAGGCUAAAAACAUGGAUCUUGUAGCGAAACCCAACGUUACUUCUCCUGUUUGGGAACAUUUUGGCUUUGAGCCUGAUGAAGAUGGAAAGCCAAAGAAUUUGGAUGAGGCAGUGUGCCGCAUUUGCAGCAAGAAAAUCAACGUCAUGCGAGGAAACAGGACAAAUCUAGCAUCGCAUCUUAGGACCACUCAUCGUCCGUUAUACGAUGCAAUGAAAGGCACCCCAUCUACCUCGGGAGGUACCGGCUCGGCACUACGUCAGUUAGGAGUCUCAGAGGCAUUUGCCAGAGUGACUAAAUACAACCGGGACAGCAACAAGUGGCGAGCACUUACAACAACUGUAACAAAGUAUUUGGUUGUGGAGAUGGUGCCCUUCCGGACUGUAGGAAAGCCAUCAUUCCGAGCUAUGCUUCAGUCCUUCGACAAGCAGUAUGAACUGCCGGGCAGAACCUAUUUCUCGGAAACAGCCAUUCCAGAAAUGUACUUGAAAGUAAAAAACGAAAUCGUAGCCGGAGGUUUAAAUUAUUAUUUUUUUAUGGCGGUUACCGCAACGGUUUGAAUGGCUUCGCUAAUUUUUGCGGUAAGGAAAUAAAUCAAUACCGCGGCAGCUCUAACUUAUACCCCACUCUCUUUCUCAUGCUGACCUUGUGAUGAAGAUGAGUUGUACUCCUUCAUCAUUACACACCUGUGUGCUGGGUUGGUGUAAUAUCACAGAUGGCUGCUGUGAUGUUCUGGCCUCAGUCCUGCGCUCUCCUCACUCAGAACUGAGAGAUCUGGAGCUCAGAGACAAUGACCUGCAGGAUUCAGGAGUGAGAGCGCUCUCUGCUGGACUGGAGGACCCACACUGUAAAGUGCAGAGACUGGGGCUGUCAGGCUGUAGAGUCACACAGAGAGGCUGUGAUUCUCUGGCUUCAGCUCUGUGUUCAAACCCCUCACACCUGAGAGAGCUGGACCUGAGAUACAAUCACCCAGGAGACUCAGGAGUGAGAGCGCUGUCUGCUGCUAAACUGGACACACUCACACUGCUUGUGGACCAUGGAGGAGAGAACAGGACCAAACCAGGACCCAGGAAAUACGGCUGUCAGCUCACACUGGAUCCAAACACAGCGCAGAGAAACCUGUCUCUGUCUGAGGGGAACAGGAGGGUGACACACACACGGGGGAGAGAGGAGCCAUAUCCUGAUCAUCCAGAGAGAUUUGAGUACGAGCUCCAGGUUGUGUGCAGAGAGAGUGUGUGUGAGCGCUGUUACUGGGAGGCUGAGUUCAGUGUGUCUGAGAGGGGGAGGGUUGAUAUAGCAGUGACAGAUAAAGGAAUCAGCAGGAAAGGACUGGGUUCUGACUGUGGGUUUGGAGAGAAUAAAAACUCCUGGAGUCUGCGGUGCUUUGAUGAUUACGGUCGCUCUGAUGAACUCAGUUACUCUGUCUGGCACAAUAAGAACCGAACAGACCUACCUGCCCCCCCCUCCCCCUACCGCAGAGCAGGAGUGUGUGAUGAUGAUGAUGAUGAUGGUAGAGGAGUGUGUGUGUACAGGGUAGGAGUGUGUGUGGACCGUCAAACCGGCACUCUGUCCUUCUACAGCGUCUCUGACUCUGACACACUGACCCUCCUGCACAGACUCCACACACACUUCACUCAAAACACACCCCUCUGUGCUGGAUUUUAUGUGUGGAACUCCUCCUCAGUAACAAUCUGGCCAGUAUGGACCCAGCGGACCCAGAGCACCUGCGCAACGCCCUCGCCAGCCAAGGCAGCACUCGUGGGACGGCACGAGCAAGCCCUCCGUGAGAUCCGGUAUUCGCUGACAGCACUCGCUGGUCAGAUGCAGCAGCUGACCACCCGCCUCCCGGCUCCCGCUCCCGAAGCCCCGAGGGCUCCUCCCGACCCGGUCCAGCUCUACACCCACGCAGCCCUCCUGCCCAGGGAGCCGCACAUUCCUGCUCCGGAGCGCUACGCUGGAGACUUGGGGAAGUGCAAGGGCACGCGCAGCGCGGCGGCAUUUUCAGCUGAGUUCCGGACUAUUGCUGCGGAAUCAGGAUGGAACGAUACUGCGCUCCAGGGGGUCUUCAGAGACGGGUUGUCCGAGGCUUUGAAGGAUGAACUGGCUGCAGGAGACGAUCCCGACAACCUCGAUGCCCUGAUCGCGCUGCUGGCCAUCAAGCUGGACAACCGCCUCCGAGUGCACCUGGGACAGCCCUGA